GCACCAUCUCGGCUCACUGCAAGCUCCGCCUCCCGGGUUCACGCCAUUCUCCUGCCUCAGCCUCCCGAGUAGCUGCGACUACAGGUGCCCACCAACACGCCCAGCUGAUUUUUUCUAUUUUUUAGUAGAGAUGGGGUUUCACUGUGUUAGCCAGGAUGGUCUCGAUCUCCUGACCUUGUGAUCUGCCCGCCUCGGACUCCCAAAGUGCUGGGAUUACAGGCGUGAGCCACCACGUCCGGCCGAGCUAAGCAUUUUCACUAGAAGGCAAGGAAGACGUAGUCCUAAAAUAAUCCUGGUCCUGUGGCCUGAGGGUGCUACUCCACACUCUUCACCAAGUGACAACGCAGAGCAGUACUGUCCAAGAUAAGCAGGACCUGAGUCAUCUGAGCCCUCUGAUUCUGGGGAAACAAUGUCCUCCCAGAAAAGGGAAAACUGUAAUCAUUUUUCCCCCUUCAAGUUCCAUUCAUCCACUCGUCCAUCCAUCCAUCCGUCCGUCCGUCCGCCCAUCCAUCCAUCCAUCCACCCAUCCUCCAUCCAUCCAUCCAUCCAUCCACCCAUCAUCCAUCCAUCCAUCCAUCCUCCAUCUAUCCAUCCAUCCAUCCAUCCGUCUGUCCGUCCAUCCAUCCAUCCGUCCAUCCAUCAUCCAUCCAUCCAUCCAUCCAUCCAUCCAUCCAUCCAUCCAUCCGUCCAUCCGUCUGUCCAUCCAUCCAUCCAUCCAUCCAUCCAUCCAUCCAUCUAUCUGUCCAUCCAUCCAUCCAUCCAUCCAUCCAUCCAUCCAUCCAUCCAUCUGUCCAUCCAUCCAUCCAUCCAUCCACCCAUCCUCCAUCCAAUGAACACUGAGUGCCUAUUCUGAGGCAGAAUUGUAUUAAAUGCUAGAGGCAGAAAUAAAGAAUUAUGAAAUGAGACCCCUGCCAUAUAGAUAUUCAUGGUCAGGGGAACAGUAUGCUUCAGUGGAACAAGCAUAGAUUUUUGGAGCCAAGAGGCCCAGGUUCAAAUCCCAGCAUCAUCACUUACUUGUGUGUGGCCUUAGGACAAAUCACUUAGCUUCUAUUUAUUCACCCCAGUUUCCCAUCUGUAAAAUGGGGCUAAUAAUUUUUACAUUUCAAAGUUCUUAAGGGGAUGAAAUGAAGUAACAUGUAAAACUCCUCGUCCGAGUUAGAUGCUCAGGAAAUAAGUCCUAUUCCAGACCCUCUGAAAGUAUGGAUGGGAUUAGAAGAUGAGGGUGGUGAGAACAUUCUGUGGUGGCCAGUGGUUCCUACUGCAACAAAGGUGAUAGAUUCAUUCAGCUACCCGUCGUCUUCACCCUGCACACUCCUCAGUGUGGAAACAGCCCAGUCUCAGCUAGGCUUUCCAGGGUGCCUACCUUUUGCAAAGAUGAGAGUCUCUGGCCUCCAGGAGUUUACUAAGCAGUCUGAAUACCAAGUGGGUCUUGGAGGCUAGGAGAGCUUGAGUGAGGAAGGGCUCAACAUUAGAGAGUCUCUGGCCUCCAGGAGUUUACUAACCAGUCUGAAUACCAAGCGGGUCUUGGAGGCUAGGAGAACUUGAGUGAGGAAGGGCUCAACAUUAGAGAGUCUCUGGCUUCCAGGGGUUUACUAACCAGUCUGAACACCAAGUCGGUCUUAGAGGCUAGGAGAACUUGAGUGAGGAAGGGCUCAACAUUAGAGAGUCUCUGGCCUCCAGGAGUUUACUAACCGGUCUGAAUACCAAGUGGGUCUUGGAGGCUAGGAGAACUUGAGUGAGGAAGGGCUCAACAUUAAGAUGGUGGGACUAAGGCCAGAGGCAGUCAGAUAAAAACAGGGAGGGACCAGGUAGCUCUUUUGGGGGAAAGUCAAGCUGCACCCCCUGGGCCAGGUCAACCAGGCAGCUGUUCUCUGACAAGGUGAAGGAGAGGUGACAGGACUGCUGGGCUGUUGCUGUUCAUCCUCACAGAAAGCAUGUCACACUGUAUGUGCUAAAUAUAAUUUUUGAGGGAACCAAUAAGGAAAUUCACCAUCUUGGCUUGUCUGAUCCUCUCCCCUCUUUCUCCUUUUUAUGGAGAGGCUGGUGUUUUGUUCUGGAGUAGCCGUAGCUAGGUGAUCGCAUGGACUUUGAUGUCCCCUCUGCAAUAGCUCUGUGGUCAAUCCAUGGUGGACCUGACAUGCAGGGACAGGCCACACCUUAGCACCGGGGUAGCUCAAGUAUGGAUUCUGGCUGGGCCAUGUCCUACUGUGCCACAGCUGACCCCCAGCCUGGCUUCUGCUUUCAUAGAGGCGAUGGGUCUGAGAGCUGAGACCUGCUCUGCCUUCCUCUUCAUGCGGAACCCCACAGGAGAGGCUGAGAGGGGCCCGAGAGACAUAUAGUGGGGGUGCUUGAUGGAAAACUACAGACGGAGAGUCUCACUUCACACCCCACCCCUGCUGGGAAGUUCUAAAAUACACAGAGGAAGCACAUGUAAAAGGAAAUUUCCCUUUCUCCCCACAACUUCCUCUCCCUUCAUACCACCUAGAGCUGAAGAAGCACCUCCUUUGUCUUGAAGGAGGCACCAGCUAUUCUGAAUGAAGGGCGGUGGGACAGUGCUGUACCCCACACCAGGUGGGCGUGCUCAGGGACAGUGACCAGGAUGCUGUCCUGGAGGAGCUCACUGGGCACACGGCAUAGGGCACAUGUAUUCAAAAAAUACCCUUCCCCAUUGAUAGCUGGCAGGCCACUCCGGACAAAUUCUAGCUAGGUGCCUGGUGCUAUGCAGUGACCAGAGGUGCCUGGGACCAGACACCCCACCAUCCCAGCCUCUGCUUCCAGAGGACCCACAACAAACACCCACACCUCCCCUUAAGCACCUAUGAUAUCCCUGCACCCUCACAGCAACCCUGCAAAGUAGAUACUGUAUUGUUACCUACCUUUGACAGACUGGGAAACCAAGGCUGACCCUUGCCUAGCUGUCGUGACUGAUACAUGAUAGAGGAGGAGAAGAAACUCAGGUCUGUCUGGUCCCAAUCCUGGGUCCUCUCUACAUUGCUUCUUGAGGUACGCUCUGGGUGCUUUCUCUAGGAAAAUCCCAAGGAGAAGGAUUGUGAAGGUCCAGGGCCUUGCCUAGAAGCCACAGAGGGCAGGUACUUGGUGGAAAACUCCAGCGUGUGAUUCACCCUCCUCCCUUGCCCUCGUCAGUGAGGUCACCUCCCCUCCCAAGGUUCUCAGUUUACAGCCUGGAGUCUUGUUUCCCUUUCAGGUCCCGGCUCUCUUGGCUUUCCCAUAAGCAGCUGCCUUGGGACUCUCCUGGAGACCUGAUGCCCACAGCCAAGCUGACCACAGGAGCCGGUGCUGGGGACUGAGGGAAACUUAGAGUUCAGAGAGGGGGUGUGAUUUGCCUGAGGUCACACAGCAAGUUAGAGACCCAGCUCCACGGCUCAUUGUCUUGCUGCCCAGAGCUGCUGGCUCCCCUGUUUACUCCGAGUUGAUCGAUCACCUUAGCACACAACUGGCUAGGAGAGAGCCAUGCGGUCACUUCGGCCACACCUGCUCUUUGGCCCUUGCUACCUCGGCAGCCUUUGAUCCCUUCUGACCUGGAGGCCAGAGGCUGAGGUCACCCAGCAGACAUCAAGGACCUGGGCAGAUGGGCCGGCUGGGAUGGUGGCGAGCUGUACAGAUAAAAAGGGACGUGAAAAUGAAAAGCCCGAGCCUGAGUUUUCAUCACGGUUCCACUCCUGAGUGGUCUUGGGUGAAUCACUUCAUCUGCCAAGGCCUGGAUUUCCUCAUCUGCAAACUCAGAAAACUAAGGCUCUGGCCCUCGUCAUUCUGCCCACCCAGCGGGGCCUCCCAACCCACCACACAGCCAUGGACGGGAAGGUGGCAGUGCACGAGCGUGGGCCUCCUGCGGUCUCCUGGGUCCCCGAGGAGGGAGAGAAGUUGGACCAGGAAGAUGAGGACCAGGUGAAGGAUCGGGGCCAAUGGACCAACAAGAUGGAGUUUGUGCUGUCAGUGGCCGGGGAGAUCAUUGGGCUGGGCAAUGUCUGGAGGUUUCCCUAUCUCUGCUACAAAAACGGAGGUGGAGCCUUCUUCAUCCCCUACUUCAUCUUCUUCUUUGCCUGCGGCAUCCCGGUGUUCUUCCUGGAGGUGGCGUUGGGCCAAUACACCAGCCAAGGGAGUGUCACAGCCUGGAGGAAGAUCUGCCCCCUCUUCCAGGGCAUUGGUCUGGCAUCUGUGGUCAUCGAGUCAUAUUUGAAUGUCUACUACAUCAUCAUCCUUGCCUGGGCUCUCUUCUACCUGUUCAGCUCCUUCACCUCUGAGCUGCCCUGGACGACCUGCAACAACUUUUGGAACACAGAGCAUUGCAUGGACUUUCUGAACCACUCAGGAGCCGGCACAGUGACCCCAUUUGAGAAUUUUACCUCACCUGUCAUGGAAUUCUGGGAGAGACGAGUUCUGGGCAUCACCUCGGGCAUCCAUGACCUGGGCGCCCUGCGCUGGGAGCUGGCCCUGUGCCUCCUGCUCGCCUGGGUCAUCUGCUAUUUCUGCAUCUGGAAGGGGGUCAAGUCCACAGGCAAGGUGGUUUAUUUCACAGCCACGUUUCCGUACCUGAUGCUUGUCAUUUUGCUGAUCAGAGGUGUCACCCUUCCCGGAGCCUACCAGGGCAUCAUCUACUACUUGAAGCCAGAUUUGUUCCGCCUCAAGGACCCUCAGGUGUGGAUGGAUGCGGGCACACAGAUCUUCUUCUCCUUUGCCAUCUGCCAGGGGUGCCUGACAGCCCUGGGCAGCUACAACAAGUACCACAACAACUGCUACAAGGACUGCAUCGCCCUCUGCUUCCUGAACAGUGCCACCAGCUUUGUGGCUGGGUUUGUUGUCUUCUCCAUCCUGGGCUUCAUGUCCCAAGAGCAAGGGGUGCCCAUUUCUGAAGUGGCCGAGUCAGGUCCUGGGCUGGCCUUCAUCGCCUUCCCCAAGGCUGUGACUAUGAUGCCCUUAUCCCAGCUGUGGUCCUGCCUGUUCUUUAUCAUGCUCAUAUUCCUAGGGCUGGACAGCCAGUUUGUCUGUGUGGAGUGCCUGGUGACAGCCUCCAUAGACAUGUUCCCCAGGCAGCUCCGGAAGAGCGGGCGGCGCGAGCUCCUCAUCCUCACCAUUGCCGUCAUGUGCUACCUGAUAGGGCUCUUCCUGGUCACCGAGGGCGGGAUGUACAUCUUCCAGCUGUUUGACUACUAUGCUUCCAGUGGCAUAUGCCUGCUGUUCCUGUCAGUGUUUGAAGUGGUCUGCAUAAGCUGGGUGUAUGGGGCGGACCGUUUCUAUGACAACAUUGAGGACAUGAUUGGCUACCGGCCAUGGCCCCUGGUGAAGAUCUCCUGGCUCUUCCUGACCCCUGGACUUUGCCUGGCCACUUUCCUCUUCUCCUUGAGCAAGUACACCCCCCUCAAGUACAACAACGUCUAUGUGUACCCGCCCUGGGGAUACUCCAUUGGCUGGUUCCUGGCUCUGUCCUCCAUGGUCUGUGUCCCACUCUUCGUCGUCAUCACCCUCCUGAAGACUCAGGGUCCUUUCAGGAAGCGUCUGCGCCAGCUCAUCACCCCUGACUCCAGUCUGCCACAGCCCAAGCAACAUCCCUGCUUGGAUGGCAGUGCUGGCCGGAACUUUGGGCCCUCCCCAACAAUGGAAGGACUGAUAGCCGGGGAGAAGGAGACCCAUUUGUAGGGUGUGGCCAGAGGCCAGGCGGCUCCUAAGCCGGGAACCUAGGUCAGGGCCACCCUCCAUUCUCAGCGGACAGCCUCUGCCUCUGUCUCCUGCCACAAUCCUGCUGGGAACCUCUGGAGAGCCACAGGCACCCCCAGCUGGAGGCCAGACUCCUCUCUUGUGCUAGCUGGAGCAGCUCCUUCCCCUUUGCUGAUAACACCACCACUGGGACGUGCCAUGUUGGGACGCCACUCCCUGUGGGAAGGCACCAUCGUUUUUAUAGAGGGGGGUCUUUUUGGAGGCCGCCAUCUGAUUGUAACACCUCGAGUUAUGAGGGUUCCACUGUGGGGAUACCUCCUGUUAGAGCGUACUGCAUUUGCACACGGGGAGAGGAGCUAUAAUUGGAACGCACACUGCCGUCCAAUGUGGAGAGCCUGACGGGACAAUACCCUGUUGGAAGUGACAACUGAACACACUGUGUUGGAUCGGAGGUUCCGUUAGGGGAUCCUUCCCUAGGCUCAACGACAGAGGCAAGCCUUCGCAUGCCGUCAGUCUGGAGUUUCCUCCGAGUCUCUCAUGGCAUCUCCAGCUCCCGCCCUAGUUCCGCACUGUUCUUGCAGUGUUUCAUCAACUCCUGGAGCGUUGGAAUGGAAGGGGCUUAGGAGAUGAUUCCUAGACUUCACAAACACUCAGCAUGCCUCCCUGCACUGUCCGUUCCUCUGCCCAAGGCCGAUAUUGCUAACUGAUCACAGAUUCUUUCCCACCUCACAAUCCUUCCGAAUGUGCUCCAGGCAGCACCAUUUGCCAUCCUGCUUCUAACGCAAACCCCUGACUUCAUGGAUGAGGAACCUGGAGACCAAAGAGACAAAGGGACUUUUUCAAGUUCACAUGGGGACCCCCUUCUUGGGGGCCAGAGAUAUGACUAAAACCUUAUCUCCUUGUGCUCAGGCCAGUGUCUUCCCAUUAACCCCCUGCCUUAGUUAACAAGUGUGUAUGGAUUGCCUUCCA